UGGUGAUUUAAAGGUCCGGUGUGAGUGGCUGCCUGAUAGCUCUUUGUUUUCCACAAUCCUUUGACUAGAAAAAGAAAUCAGAGUGUGUUUUAAACAUGCUGCCCCGCGAGGGACAGGGAUUCCUUCACUUUGGGCUGUGUCUCUGGUGGUAUGUAUUCACACUUUGCUUCAGAGGAUGUGCAGGCUGUGCGUCUGAGGAGAGGCUCUUUCACAAACUGUUUGCUCAUUAUAACCAGUUCAUCAGGCCCGUGGAAAACGUUUCUGACCCAGUCACUGUGCAUUUUGAAGUGGCCAUCACACAGCUGGCCGACGUGGAUGAAGUAAACCAGAUCAUGGAAACCAAUCUGUGGCUACGUCACAUGUGGAAUGAUUAUAAAUUGCGCUGGGACCCAGUGGAAUACGAUGGCAUUGAGACUCUUCGCGUUCCUGCGGAGAAGAUCUGGAAGCCUGACAUUGUUCUCUACAACAAUGCUGUCGGCAACUUCCAAGUCAAAGGCAAGACAAAAGCUCUUCUUAAAUAUGAUGGCAUGAUAACCUGGACUCCACCAGCUAUUUUUAAGAGCUCCUGUCCUAUGGAUAUCACUUUUUUCCCUUUCGAUCAUCAAAACUGUUCCCUGAAAUUUGGUUCCUGGACCUAUGACAAAGCUGAAAUUGAUCUUCUAAUCAUUGGCUCUAAAGUGGACAUGGAUGAAUUUUGGGAAAACAGUGAAUGGGAAAUUGUCGAUGCUUCUGGCUACAAGCAUGACAUAAAAUACAACUGUUGUGAAGAGAUAUACACAGACAUAACCUAUUCUUUUUACAUUAGAAGAUUGCCGAUGUUUUACACCAUUAAUCUGAUCAUCCCCUGUCUCUUUGUUUCAUUUCUAACUGUGUUGGUUUUCUACCUUCCUUCUGACUGUGGUGAAAAAGUGACGCUUUGCAUUUCAGUUCUGCUUUCCCUGACAGUGUUUUUGCUGGUGAUCACAGAAACCAUCCCAUCUACGUCUCUCGUGAUCCCCUUGGUGGGCAAGUACCUGCUGUUCACCAUGAUCUUCAUCACCUUGUCCAUCGUGGUGACGGUGUUUGUGUUGAACACCCACUACCGCACCCCGACCACACAUACCAUGCCCAUGUGGGUGAAGGCAGUCUUCCUCCGGCUCUUACCCCAGAUCCUGAUGAUGAGGAGGCCUCUGGACAAGAGGAAGGGGACAAGAUAUGACAAAAACCCCGAAGGCUUCUCUGGCAGGCCAGCCAAAGUCAAGUUCGAUUGUCGCAGAGAGCCCAAACUUCUUAAAGAAUGCUGCCACUGUCGUAAGUCCAGGGAGAUCGCCACCAGCAAGAGACGGUUAAGUCAUCAGCCUUUACAACGGACGACUGAAAAUUUGGAGCCCUCACCUGAAGUCGAAGAUGUAAUUGAUAGUGUUCAAUUCAUAGCAGAAAACAUGAAGAACCAAAAUGAAACAAAGGAGGUAGAGGACGACUGGAAAUACGUGGCCAUGGUAGUGGACAGGGUGUUCCUGUGGGUGUUUAUAAUCAUCUGCGUGUUUGGAACUGCAGGGCUGUUUCUCCAGCCACUCCUGGGGAACACAGGACAUUCGUAAGAUGGAUUUUCCCUUUAUCUUCAGAAACUUACAAGACACUGUGUUUGUUCCAUGUUUCCCCCACCACAAGGAAAGGGAUAGAAAGCUUCGCACCAAGUCCCCAUCUAGAUGGAAAAAGAGGACUUUAUUGCCAACCAGGAGCCUGGAUGCCCUCCCUUGGGGCACAGAGGAGUACUUUAUGAUCCCAGUGUCUGGGAUCUGACACUGGAGCCCAGAGCUGGCAGCACCUGCAGGCUUCUCUUGUCUGUACACGUUUGGCUUCCGGGGACGUGACUGACCCACAGAACAGCAAACCGUGGAAUCAAAGUCAAGCCAUGCUAAGAGCUUCUUUUGCUUCUCCAGUUUAUGGGCUUCUCAGUAUAAUGACACCUGCCAGACGUGAAACUCUGGACCUUGGACCUGCUGACCUCUGCAGCACCUGUGAACUCGUGUAUGCUUGCUUUCUCCUGCACAUCUCUGUGAUGUAGAGCACACACUGCAGCAUUAUUUGAUACAUUAUUUAGUAAAAAAGUAACAGCAGGUAGUCAGUCUAACCAACAGGCUGU